CAAAAGGUACGGGCAAGUGACACGUAGAUAGCUACGCAAGAAUUCACUUUAAAUAGCAAUUUUGCAAUAGAAUUGCAUCGAAGAGAGCCAAUUGCCAAAGAGAGCCAAGUGGUGCAAUCAACAGUUAUACUCAUUAAGAAAAUCACAACACUAAAAACAAGAGAAAUGGAUUACAAGCCCGUACCGUGCAUUGUGCCGCAUACGAACUUUGAUGCGUCCGGCGAUAGCCAGGAUUUGCGUGCGGCCAUGCAAGGAUUGGGCACCGAUGAGCAGCAGAUCAUCGAUGUGCUGGCUACACGCAGCAAUGCCCAGCGUCAGGAGAUGAUUGCCGCCUAUUUGUCCGAAUUCGAUCGGGAUCUAAUUGAGGACUUGAAGGGUGAACUGGGCGGCACAUUUGAGGAUGUGAUUAUAGCACUAAUGCUGCCGCCCGUCGAGUAUCUGUGCAAGCAGCUGCAUGGCGCCAUGGCCGGCAUCGGCACCAACGAGGCCACCCUCGUCGAAAUACUGUGCACCAAGAGCAACGAACAGAUGCACGAAAUUGUGGCCACUUACGAGAGACUGUACGAACGACCGCUUGCCGAGCAGAUGGGCAGCGAAACGUCCGGCUUCUUUCGACGCCUGCUCACUCUGAUUGUGACCGGUGUGCGCGAUGACCUGGAUACACCUGUUGAUCCCGAAAAGGCCAAGGAACAGGCCGCAGAGCUAUAUGCUGCCGGCGAGGCCAAACUGGGCACCGACGAGGGUGUCUUCAAUAGGAUCAUGUCCCAUGCCAGCUUCAAUCAGCUGCGUCUCGUUUUCGAUGAAUACAAAUCGCUCUCCGGCCAAACCAUCGAGCAGGCCAUCAAGCAUGAAAUGGCCGAUGAGUUGCAUGAGGCCAUGAUGGCCAUUGUGGAAUGCGUUCAGUCGCCGGCUGCAUUUUUCGCUAACCGCCUUUACAAGGCAAUGAAUGGCGCCGGCACUGAUGAUAAGACACUCAUACGCAUUAUUGUCAGCCGCUCGGAGAUCGAUUUGGAGACGAUCAAGGAUGAGUUCGAGCGCAUCUAUAAUCGCACUCUCCUCAGCGCCAUCGUGGACGCGGAGACUUCUGGAGAUUACAGGGCGGCUCUGGUUGCUCUGUUGGGCGCUGCCUAAAUCUGGUGAUGAUCUACUAACAUUUUAUCGAAAUUAUAGUAUUGUAGUUGCUUUUAAAGAAUCUUGCUUUUAAUGUCUACUAAUGCGCACAGUUGUGCCAAUAAAUAAAAAUAAAUUAAUAAAUACGUGCAUACAUAAAAGUCCAAUAUGAAUUGGCUCGCACAAAAAUUGA